UGGGAGGAGAGAAGCUCAUGGUCAUGAUCUUCUUUUUCACACUCUUCAUGUUCUCACACAAGACUGGAUUAACUGAAAAAUAAAACUGAGGGCGACACAAGAAAAUGAAAAUGACCCUAAUUUUCAGUGUUUUUUGCGUGUUUUUAUUCACGUGGAAUGGUGUUGAAGGCCAAAUCCGUGAAAAGGUGCUGAAAGAGGAUGAAGCUGCGACCAUCACUAUAUCUGACCGGGAACCUCCAGGGUCUAUAUUGUUUUGGAUUCGGCUGAGAGAAAAUGGACAGGGCUUUGAGCACAUAGGAGCGUACAGCAAGCGUUCCCCUAAAGUAGAAGACGAGGAAAGAUUUGAAUUGACUGAAAAGGGUCUUAAAGUAAAACAUUUCGAUCGUCUGAAAGACAGCGGCACUUACAGCUGCGUCUCCAUUAACAACAACAAGCUGCAGUUCGACUGCGUCACCAAACUGCGUGGAGAGCAAGUCCCGACAACAAGCAAACCAAAGGAAACACCUCGCAUCCAGACAGAGGCUAUGACAACAAAAGCUACUGUGAACUGUAGACACAAUUUUAUAGGGAAAUUGAAUGAAAGAAUAGAUGUUCGUUUGGGUUGCGAGCUGCACAUCUUAAUUCCUUUGGCUGCUGGCUCUGGACUUCUCCUCCUGAUUCUGAUCUUCACCAUUCUUUACUGCAAUAGGAUUAGAACAAGACGAUGCCCUCACCAUUACAAAAGACAACCCCGAAGCAGAACAGCGGGCCACAAAACUCUACCCAAUCCUCCAGACUAUUGAACACGAUCACCAAGAAAAAUGGCAUUCAAUUUUUCUUUUUUUAUUUCCAGGUUAUACUUUUUAAAUACUUUUUAAAAAACCUUUGUGUGAGGGGCUAUCAGAUCUUUCACCUGAAAAGAUUUCUGUAGUAGAAGUAUUGCUUGAAACGCUUAACAUUUGAAAUGGGAUUUUUAGAUAAUUUUAACCUUUUUUUAAUAAAUGUGGACCAAAAAUAUUUUUUGCUUAAUAUUAAUAAUAAUAAUAAUAAAUUAUAUAUAUAUAUAUAUAUUAUAUUCUUCUUCAUCUUCUUCUAUUUCUUUUUGUUUGAUGUUUUUAAUGCUGUCGAUGCAUGCAAUUUCUUAAGGUGUCAAAUGCAAUGGUUUGAAAUCUAUAUCAAUAAAUCUCCCAGCUGCACACGUAGUCAUUUAGGAGGUGUGGCCCAACAUCAGUAAAUAAAGUAAUAUGUUAGAAAUAUUUUUUAUGACUUUAUUGUUCAUUUCAUUUCAAAAUAAAAAUACAUUUAGGAAAGAAUAGAUUUUUGUUUAGGUGCCAUCUGCUGCCAGGAAUGUGUAUUGCUAUUUGUUAUGUAGUUGUGUACAGUGUAGUGUAUAAAUGAAAAAAAUAAAUAAAAUAAAAUUACUUAUCAAAGUCAGCUUUGUCUCCUGCACACACUCCAGAUUUUUUUCCUUAGCAUGAGAAACAUUUUGUUUCUAUUUUCAUUUCACGGAAAUCCACCACGAUUUUGAAAUUGGAAAUCAGAGCUCCUAAUUAAAACCUGGUCAUUCACAAAGUAGGGGGAGAAACCAAUGAAUUUUUCAUCUUUUGUUAAUAAGUUAUCCAGUAAUCCAUGAUUAAUGGUGUAUUUGCCUUAAAACUGUGAAGUGUAUAGUCAGUGUUAAAUACAGGAAGUUCUCCUGUGAGUAGCCAUGUUGAUGAAAUGUCGCUUGCUGAACUCAUUUAUAUAUUAAAAUGACCACAAGCUUCCAAGAUAAGGAUUUCAGGGUCAAGGUGACUCCAGAGCUUGAUGUGAGGAUGAUUGAGGGAAGAGUACACAGAGCAUAUAGUGUAGUGAAAAGGGUUACGUUUUAAAAACAGGUUUAAUUUCACAAAAGACUCAGAAAUCAAAAUUUUUAUUUUUUUUUUUACAAUCUUUAUUAUUUUUUAACCAGAAAAAACCCUCCUCCAUAUCUCAGUCCCUGGGUUAAAAUAAGAUUGCACUUCAGCAGAAAGGCACAGUAUUGAAGUGAUAUCACCAUGACAGGAAGACAAAGUGAAAGACAACAACGAAAAAAUUAUAAUUAAAGCAUGCUCAUGGAAGCCUGAUCCAGACGUUUAGGGGUUUCGGGAUUUUUUUUUGAUGAAAAAAAUAGUCUAAUGGACAACGUAAAUGGAAAGCUGUCAAACCAAGUGGUGUUAGUUCUGAUGAAGAAACGAAACGAAAAACUCAUACUUGGUCUGCCACAUCCUACUCAAGCUGUAAAUAACAAGAAAAUAGUGUGCAUACAGGACUAGUUCAGGUGUUACAUAUGAAUCAAAUGCACUAACCACAUAUCAGCUCCAACCGGUUGCUUAAAGGAAGUUCAUUUGUCGUGUAAGCCUUGCUAGUAAGCUCUUUGAAACCUUACAGGGCCGGGUAUUAGCUGAGCAGUUCAU